GAAGUCGUGCAGCCGGAAGCAGCGUGUGAGACAGAAGAAGGAGACACGUGGUGUUCACAUCCAGCAUGAAGGUAAAGAAGGAGAAGCGGGUGGAGGAGGAAGAGGAGGCGGUGGCGGCGGCUGCAGAGGCUCCAGAGCGGACGUAUGAGGAGCUGCUCGAGAACCUGAACCCUAUCGCUAAGCCGCUGGCGGGGAGGAAGCUGACCAAGAGGCUGUACAAGUGCAUCAAGAAAGCUGUCAAACAUAAGAAUAUCCGGAGAGGAGUGAAGGAGGUUCAAAAGUUCAUCAAUAAAGGAGAGAAGGGCAUUGUCGUACUUGCUGGUGACACCCUUCCUAUUGAAGUGUAUUGCCACGUUCCUAUCAUGUGUGAAGAGCGCAGCAUACCAUAUGCAUAUGUCCCUUCUAAAUCUGACUUAGGUGCUGCUGCUGGCUCCAAGCGCCCAACCUGUGUAAUAUUAAUAAAAUCUAAAGAAGACUAUGAAGACGCUUAUAAUGACUGUGUAGAGGAGGUAGAGGCAUUGCCUUUACCCUACUGAGGAUGCUUGAAUUGCAUACCAUGAAACCACAGAGUUAAUCUUUUGGAGGAGAGAAGACCGUGAUCUAGACCAUAGAUUGAUUUUCAAUAUCCCUGUGUCCUUUUAAAGAUCAUAUUUUACUGCAAUUUUGGUCAUCGUCUCAGAGGCUUCACCAUCAAAUGGACUUGUGUCUGAAGGAACA